UACAAUAGAAAGCAAAUAGUUUUCUAGCUCUUAUAACACAUCCACAAGAGUGAUCCAGUCCUUCUCUGCCUCAGUAUUAGGAAGGGGGAAAACUUGCUAAUUUUUGUCCUGUAGUAGGUGCUGCAUGUGGACAGUGUCCAAGGAAGCCUUGCCAAAUGCUAUUUUCCUCCCAUAGUAGCCCUGGGUGUUUAGCUUUUCUACAUAUUAAAUGACUGGGGAAGAGUGACUUGGCUUCUGCUUUUUGAAAAAAAUAAUGUGGAAAAUACCACUGUCAUUAGUCAUUUUUACCAUGGAAGUGGCGUUUCCUGGAGCAGCUCCCUGUUAGAUCCGUCCUACAGACUGCAGGGCUGCUGCCUAGGUACACCUGGCCUAGCUGGAUUCCCUCUUAGUCUGUGUUUCCAUGAACAUACAGUCUCAUCCUAAAAGGCAGCCUUGGAGGUGGAUUCUCUGGGGCUGGUAACCUGAGCAGAGCUGAGUCAGGAAGGUGCGUGCUUUAAAGUGCCAGUACAUGCAUCUCUUGACUGAGGAGGAAACUUGUACCCAGUGAUGUUUGGGGUGGCUAUUUCCUUCAUAAGUCUUCUGUGCCUCUCUUUCAAGGAGAAUGUGUUCAUACCCAUGUGUUUCACGGCUGCUGAGUGCAAAGGUGAUCCACAGGACUUGGGCAGCUCACUGCCUUGGUAUAAAAACUUGGAAGAUGUGAAAAUCAGGUGGCCAUGCUUGGCUUUAAAAAGAUUUCACUGACAGUCUGAAUGAAUUAACUCUCUGGGGUUCAAACCAGCAGGCAUUGUCAGAUACAAGGGAUUAAAAGGCUUUUUAAUGUGGCUUAGUAGUGUACAGAAGAUUGGCUUACUUGUAUGAGCUCUUCUUUUGUCACAUUGAUCUUUAUUUUGCAUUGUGCUUAGUACAACAGAAACUGGAGGCUGAAGUCUUCUUUCCUGAAUCAUCUGACAGGACUUGGCCCUUUUAUUGCGUAGUAAAAUAAUUUUUUGUGAAGGAGGAAUUGAUUUUUGCCAGUGUAGCCACUGUUGAGUAAUAGCUGAAGAAUACCAAGUUGUAAUAAUUUCAUGAGCACUGUAUGUGGCCAUGUCGGUGAGAGGAAGUUACUAUAGGGUGAGUUGUACUUCUUUAUAUUGCUUUCCUCUAUAGAUGUAUCGAUCUAACCUAAUAGGGAGCUAGCUGAUGAAGGAAUAAAAGGCAAUUCAGCGGUUCCCCUGUGUCACCUGUAUGUGACUAAACCCAUGAGGUGGUAAUUAUGGGAAUGAUAGCUCCAGUUCUGAGGGAUGCAGCUGGUUUGUCAGGCUGUAAACUAAAAAUUAUAGGAGGAUAAAGUUGGCAGUGACUGAUGGAAGAAAUACUUCAGCACCAAGGUAGACUUCGCAGAAGAGUGUGGAUGAAGAUGAGCCUUCCUCUCUGCAGCAGUAAAGAUGAUGACAUUGAAGAGGGAGAUCUCCCUGAACACAAGAGGCCUCCAGCACCAAUAGAUUUCUCAAAAAUAGAUCCAGGCAAGCCUGAAAGCAUCCUGAAGCUGACAAAGAAGGGGAAGACUUUGAUGAUGUUUGUCACAGUGUCGGGAAAUCCCACAGAAAAGGAGACAGAAGAAAUCACCAGCUUGUGGCAGGGCAGUCUCUUCAACGCAAACUACGACGUGCAAAGGUUUAUUGUUGGCUCCAAUCGGGCCAUCUUCAUGCUGCGGGAUGGUGGCUACGCCUGGGAGAUCAAAGACUUCCUGAUAAAUCAGGAAAGGUGUGCAGAUGUUACUCUGGAAGGUCAGGUUUAUCCUGGCAAAGGAGCAGAUGAAAAUGAGAAAGUGAAAAACAAAACAAAACCUGAAAAAGCAAAGAAGAAAAAAGAUGCAGAGAAGAAAUCUAAUGGCAUCAAAGAGGACAACCGAGCAACCAACCAGAGAGAGGAGCUAUGACAGCCACAGUACCCAGACUGAACCCUGCUCUGCUGCUCCUUGAGGGGAACCUGCUGAUGAGUCUUGGCUUUUGGGGAGGAAGGAAGCAGAGACU